GCGGGACUGUGUCCGGCCACGUCCUUUCAUCAGAAGAGUGGUCUUGAAGCAUUUCAUUUUCGUCAUUCUGAACAAUAAUACCGGGUGCUGAGCAUGAGUGAAGUUCGUGAAACUCCUGCAUAAAAGGUCCUUUUACUCUGCAUUCUCGCACCCCGAUUGGGUCGCUUAAAACCAGGAUCCCGAUUCAUUCCAUCUUCUUUCUCCUCCUGCCCGACCAUCAUCCACUCAUUUCUCCUGCUUCGAGCAGAACAUCGGAACUCUUUCGGCGCAAACUGCCUUCCACCUGUGCUGCACUAUGUUUGUACUUGCUUCAGGUCCCGUAACCUAGCGAGACCCUGAAGGCAUAACGCAGAGGGUGAGGCGCAUCGUAGUCAUGGCCAGCCCUGGAGCACCACCUCGCGGAGGGCUGUCUCUCUACGCAAACCUCCUCGAUCCAAAGAAUACAGCUCCUGGAACAAUUUCAAGCGCACCGGUAUCUUAUACCAAACACCCUGAAAAUUCUCCUGAACAAGAUGAAGCUGCAAAGAAGCAGCAAGCUCUCGCUGCCUCCUUGAGAUUUCAACCUACCAAAAGACCACAAAUUGCCAGUCAAAAGGCGAAAGCGAAAGCAAUUGCCAGCAAGUUCGCGCCCCCGGUUACCGCAACUCCUACGUCCACUACUGUCCAAUCUGAACCCGCAGAAAAUGGAACAAGCAGUACUACGCCUAAACCUUUUGCCCCACGAACCACCGCAGCGGACUGGACAGCGACUGCAUCCGAUGACGAGGAUGUGAAUAACUUCUAUACGACAACUCGUCAGCGUGGUGGCAGAAAGAAACGCAAGAAGAAUAAGGAGGUCGUCGAGGUCGAGCAAAAUUGGGAUGAUAUCUAUGACCCCAGUAGACCCAGCAACUACGAAGAGUACAAACAUAGUGAGGAGAAGAUUCGUGAAGUUCGAGAGUGGAAAGAUCUGCUUUACAGGCAUCGUAUAAGGCGGCGAACGACUACUGAGUCCGAGGAUGAGGACCGAUAUCGUCCUACGAACAGACAAUUUGCACCACCUCCUAGUUUUGCUCCGCCGGCCGGCCUGAACGAUGAGAUUCCACCGCCGACGCCAGUCACUCAAGUUCCCGACGAUCCUACUGGUGAAGAUGCCUAUUUGCGUCGAAUACGGAUGAGUCAAGGUGUACAGGGACAGCCUUCUCCCGAUCCCAUAUCUGCAGCAAAUCCUCCUGCAGGCCAGAUUUCACGAGCACCUGUUCGGUACAAUCUGCCUGCUGCACCAGAAGCGAUCCCGUCCUCGGAAGCGGAGUUAGAGGAGAGGCUUGCUGAAUCUGAAAUCAAGGGAGACGAAGCUUCGGAUGAAGCCCGCUCGACACGCCCUGGUCAAGCAGGAUUUGCGGAGCGACUGUUGUCCAAGUAUGGAUGGUCCAAGGGCCAGGGUUUGGGUGCUCAGGGAACUGGCAUCAUCAAUCCCUUGUAUGCCCAGGCCGAUAAGCGAAAGAAGAAAUCUGAUGCUGAAGGCGGCGGCUAUGUUACUCCAGCAACAACAGGGAAGAUUCUCGGCGGAAACAAGUCGAAAGCUGCUCAAGCUGAGGAAGAGGGAAAGUUUGGUGCAAUGUCAGAGGUCAUCCGAUUAGAAGGGAUGUUGGACGGUCUGGACUUGGAGGAAGAGCUUGUGCAAGGAGAGGGUGGUAUCAUGCAAGAGAUUGGUGAGGAAUGCGGCGAAAAGUAUGGCAGUGUCGAGAGAGUCUACAUCCAUGCGCCGGAGAGGGAUGAUGACGAAGCACUGGUGUUUGUGCAUUUCGUGAGUCAGCUCAGCGCGUUGCGAGCCGUCAAUGCUCUGGAGGGACGCAUAUUCAACGGCAACCCUAUCAAGGCGAAGUUUUGGCCAAAGGAGAAGUUUGAUGCUCGAGACUAUGUGUGACAAGAUCAAGAUUCGAGGGCAACAUGAAGAAGACAAGCAAUCGAGAUGCUUUGUGAACUGCAUGUAACUUCAUCUUGUACUUUUUAGUGACCUCAGACUUCGUUGUAGGAAUGUCCCUGGCAUCACACCGUUGAUUGGCUUAGGACUCGCGAGGCAGGGCAUCUCAGGGGCAGAUGCCACGCGACUAAAAUAAAUUAAUUGCAUCAUCUGGUAA